GGUCUCGCGCGCGGAGAUACGGACAACAUCGACGAUGCGGCAACAAACGAACACGACACCGAACAAGGCCGCUUCUCUGUCCCUAAUGUUAUGACUCUUGUAGGUGAAAAUUAUACCUGCAUGCCAUGCCCAUCUCUUCUACAUGAAACUAGUUUCUUUACUCUCUUGACUGUUCUAAGUACAACUCAUCUAAUCGAAGUCUUGCUCUUGAAAUAACCGAGUUGCUGACUAAAAUCUAAGGGAGGUAGCUUUGACAGGGCAACUCGUCCUUGUUCAGUAUCUUUGUUAUUCUGGUGAUCAGUUACUUGCUUAUUUCAGAGUACCGAAUACAAGAAAAGGCGCAUUUUAUCGUGUAGAUUGCAAAGAAUUUGAUGAAGACACUUCUCUAACUCUACCUUUCUCGGAGCCGAGGGAGAUGAAGGCGGAAACGCAGAAGAGGAUACAGAAGAAGACUCUUACACGGAUUACUUUAUGGACGGAUCGUCUUAUCCUUUAAUAUGGUACUGUCCUACUGUAACUGUAUGUCAUGAGUAUGCUUGUGUUUUGCUGAGGUAGUAAACGAAGUUUUCUGAGUAGGUGCGCCAUUUGUUCGGAUUUUGCGGAUUUCGAAGUCGAAGGCAAGUAGUAGAAGUGCACGGGGGCCGCCUCUAAUUAAAGGCAUCGCAACUUUUACCGUCCGAUCAAGGCGACCGCAGCCCCCGCGGUCACGACCGUCACGACCGCGAUUGUUGCCUUUAUUCUUUACAAGACGUGCAUCCGCCUCCGCGGCUACUUCGCUCGCAGGGUUGCUCCCGUAGCUCCGGACGUGUCUGAUGACACAGGUAGCUUAAAUUUAACGACUUUGAAAGGUGAAAGAUUCGCGUUGAAGAUGUCGCUUUUUUUGUGGUUUUUUCUAGGAUGAGUCUUCAUUUUGAUGUGACUUGAUAUUACCACCAGAACAACCUGAACAACUCAGCUAUCGAGAACAACCUAUAUCUUUUCGAUGGAGAAGUCGACUACAAGUUCAAGCACUACGGUUCGACGUCUACGAGCUGCCCAGAGGCAGAGGAGUCUGGUGCCGUCACAGAGGAGUCCUCUACUGCUGUCGCAGAGGAGUCUACUGCUGUCGCAGAGGAUUCGGAUGUCACUGCAGCUGGCGGGCUCCAACAUGGUGGUCACCGUGUUUGAGUCGAUUAUCUCCAACGAAGAAAGUGGUACUAUAUACACACGCGGACACUUCCCUUGCAGAUCCUUCUAUUAUGUUGAUUGUUCAGGAUUUAUUUACCAGCUAUUUUGACCCUUUUUUCUCUGAACAAAUCUCAAGUUUGUCAUGAUGUGGUCUUCGAUUUAGGAGGUCUAAUAGUCCUCUUCUCCAAACACCCAAUUCAGGAAAAAGAUCGCUCUUCCAGGAAGUACCCAUUGACUUCGCACGAAUUCGCAUACCUGGAAGAGCGGCUGGGAGGUGUGUGACUACUUUUAAGGGCAAACGUAUUUAAACUUACAAGAACUUUUUCCUCUUUGUUGAAAGACCCUAUCGAGGAGUCAGGAACCGCCUUUACAUGCAGAUCCCUAAGGGCGGACUCAGUAGUAGAGUCAAGACGAAGAAUGAUGAAAGUGCACAGCAACUUCCUCUAAUAUUACGAUGCUGAUGCAGUCACAGGAGAGGUAGGGCGAGGGGAUGACAUUGAGGAAUGGAGUCACCUGUUGUUACAGUUGAGAGACGGAAUUAGAUAUUAUAGAUGAAAUUGAACGAGGACAAACAAAACAACAUGUUGAAGUACUAGGUUGAAAAGUGUACAAGUGAAGACGUAUCAAGGUAUGUAUAGCUGAAGAUGGACAGAACAAGUGAACCAUUAUGACACCAGUCAAACGCGCCAUCAAUGUGCACAGAUCUCUUACAGCAACACAUCACAGCAAAAAGUGAAGUAACACACUAGAAGACUACAGACAAUUGCUGACGCAGAACUGCGAACUUAGACUCUCGCGUGCGACCUGUCAAGAAGUGCGGCUUAGUCGUACACACUUAUUAAUUAGAAGUAGUACUUGAGAAAAGACGUAUCGUUUUCAAGAUCAUUCUCCAAGAAAGUGUCUUUGUCAACUUACGAAGCGUAAGCCUCGUCAUGAUCAAAGGUUUACUGCUUAUCUGCUCGUCCGCAAAAUCAUCUAUCUAGUUAGGCGCUUCAGUCACCAUUCGUCCAGACUUAUUGAUAUGAAAUAAUCGAGUUUGUUUGAUCCUCCUUGCGUAAAAAUUGAAUAGCAAAAGAGUGAUGACGUUUCUAGAUUUCCUCCAUCAUAUACUUGCACAAUCGACCCAGCAUCCUACUUGCAACUGACGCACACGACCAGUAUUAAGAACGAGAAGCCAGAGCUUACUACUUCAGUUUCUAUUUGAUCAAGAAUAGAGAAAAGUAGACCUAGACGCCAUCUGUACAUCGUGCGUUUCCCUUCUCCCUUAUUUCAACAGUUGCGUAAAAAUCAUUAUCAUGGUAUUGAUAUCAAACAAAUUCGAGCUCGAUAGCUCUACGGUUACAUCUAUGCUGGAGCUUCAGUGGAUGAGCUUUGGAGUAUAUUCCUCUGCUAAUGCUUUGCUUAUUAUUUGAUUUGCGACUCCCAGUGCGUAACCUCCAAUAAAGACAGUCAUACCCAACCUAGACUACAAAAGACCCAUGCUGUAUCCUUUGACGCGACUCGCUUUCCUUACCGCGUUGCUUGGAUCCUUUGAUAUUGGGCUGUUUUAUGCAUCAUCGUGCAUUGGUAUCGACACUGAAUUCACCUGACGAAGAGCGACUUCAGGGAUCACCAGCAGGUCCGCAAGGAGCCAGAUUUUUCUCGAGUACUAAGAUAAUGAAAGUUAUGUCCUAUCUACUCUGAUGGUACAAAAAAAUCUACUUACCUCGGAUUGAUGGCCCCUGUGUGCUACUUUCAAUCGUGUUUGUUCCUAAUAAAUCGUCGGGCGAGUUGCUCCGCGAAUAUAAGCGCGCGCUUUUCAUUAAUACAGCUAUCAAUCAUUUUUAUUACAGCUGAAGUGAGUCUGAAAGUUAUCCAGUCAAGUAGCCUCCGCAAGAUUUGGGCGGGAUCCUGGUAUCUUUUGUAUUACAAGACGUGAAGACUAUCGAUCAACCCUUCGGCCUCCUUGUUUCUCCAUUAGAAUGCACGGAUGCCAACCAGUAGGAUUUUUGUUGCAGCGAACAGGAGUGAGUAGCAUUUUUAUACAAAGCACGACAGACAUUCUCCACUAGAAUAUAGUGAGGAGCACACGAAGACGGGCCUCCCAUUCUGCUGCAUCGUCAGAAAAGUCCUUGCACAGCGACCAACUUAAGACAAGCGCCACGACCUGCAAAUGAAAACAUGAAAGCGACGCUUUCAGCUGCAAGCAUCUGCUUGCUGACAGAGACAGCGUGGCCAUGUAUAACACUUCUACGGAUAGUGCCUCAUUAUUACGCUCACAGAUAUUCUCGUAUCCUGCAUCCUGCCACUUCUGAGACAGCGUGACGAAUUUUUUUUUAGAAACAAACCACCGAGACCCAGUUCGGUCAUAAAGAUCGAGCUGUUGCGUUUCGUCUUGACGAAAUUUUUUAGAAAAAAACUAACCACCGAGAUCCAGUUCGGUCAUUAAGAUCCAGCUGUUAUGUUUCCUAGAUUUUUUAACUUAGCUCAAUUAAUUAUGAUGAUCGAAGACGAGACACCGCGAUGAUUUUUUUUAGAAGCAAACCACCGAGACCCAGUUCGGUCAUCAAGAUCAAGCUGCUGCGUUUCGCUUAGAUUUUUUAACUUAACUCAAUCCUGAUGGUCGACCUACUUCCUUCAGUUGUAGCGUAAUCGCGAAAGUCAAGUGUAGACCUCUCGUCAUAAUUUUUAGAGAUAUAAACCAGGCCACGAAGGCUACCAUUAUUGAGGCAGCUCUUUUCUGAGCGUAGCAUCUGAAGCGCCCGCUGUCGCGCGCUUCGUCACCGCCGUGACACAACGGUGAACCGAGCAGGGAGCUCCGCGUGGGACUUUUGGGGGACUGGAAAGAUUUUGCGGGGAAAAGGAGGCUGUAGCAGUUAGGCAGAGAAGACACGUAGAUAAAAAGGAAGAGGUCCUCGCUUGUGCUUAUGCUAUCUGCGCUUUCGGUAGCUUGCGCCCGCGGCCGCAGCGUGAUAUCGCUUGCGCAUCUCUAGCUGGGCCGACGGGAACAUCGGGAGGCUGGCGGGGUGCGAGGGUCGGCGGACCCGCGGGGGCUCGAGAGUUGUCGGGCGGUCUAAUGCUGCCCGUCUUCUCGCAUUGUCGUGUUGAGCAGGUGAGUCCGGAAUGGAACCAGCGGUGCGUAAUGUGCGUUCGUGGAGGAGAGCAGCGGGAAGGGAGGCGUUCUGCGGCGGAAGAGAUAGAGAUAGAGUAGAUAUUAAAAAGUAGCGUGUAGUAACACGCAUUCUUCCCAUUAAACCCACUACAGCCACUGGAUCUUCAGGAGGGUCCCUGGAGCCCUUACAUCAACGUCCUUAGCGACAGAUGGUAAGGGCGCUCGCGAGCGCGUCAUGCGUGAGGCGGUAGGGUCACGCGCGAACAUAAUAUUAGCAACCUGCAAAACGUUCAAGAAUCACAAUCAACUACCCUUACUUCGUACUUCGUUUUCGCAUUCUUUCUUGUAUGAUGAUUAUACUAUAGAUUUAGGUCCCUCCAAAAAGAGCACCAAUUUGGAAUGACAGUCGUUGUAUCCCUUCUCGAUGAUAGGACGAAUACACGACAAGUCUUCGAAAAUUAGUAGAGAGCCAGCAGAUCUACCGAACAACUAUAUGGAGAUGUACUAGUAUGGAAAAGAUAGUACUUAGAAGCUGUAAGAUUUUGGAUGAACAACAAGACCACCAUUAGCAAGUACUGUUCAUUGGCGGAGGCGGAGUGUAUGCGCCCGCAACUUUUUCGACUUCCUAGCAACAAAAUUUGAAGAAUCAACUUUGAAAAGUAAUGACACGCUUCUUAUCCCCGUAGUACAUUAUUGCCGUGGCGCCAGAGCCAACAUGCAAGAACUAGACACGAUAUGAAUAGAACACCACUACAUCACAACAACUGACUACAUCAAUGAAACUAGCAAGUCUCCCACGACCCCUUUUCAAUGCACAGUGAUAAAUAGCUCCCCAAUCAACUUGGCCACGUGCAAACAAUGUGGGAGGUAUGCGCGUCUAGCUUGUCAUGAAUGAAAU